UUUAAUGCUAAAUUAUGUUUUUUUCUAUGUAAGAAAUGUAAGUAAUUCGAAAUUCUCAGUUAAUAAAGUAAUAAAUUUUGAGUUAAUAAAGUUCGUCGAAUUCUAAACAAAUUUUUCCACUAAAGUACUUAAAACGAAACUAAAAAUAACUUUAUAUCGAGUUUAAAAUUUAAAAAUCCAUUGGAGUUUAUUGUCCUUCAUUCUCCCCAUCUGUCGGCGAAUAUGAGAACUAAGUAGCAUCUUUCGUCACACUUUUAAGUUCGAAGACUUGUGCAGUCGUCCCCUGUACACAGUGUGCAUCCCACUUAAUUUUGGAGAUAAAGAUCGUUUAUGCGUAACAAACAUAAAUUACUUUGUUCUCUAAUGAACAAACCCACUGUUACUGGAAAAGAAACACAAACCACUAGCCAAAAGAAACCUGAUGCUGUACUUACUACCAGUGGCAGUUUGUUUGAAGAGUGGAGAGAUGAGGGGGUUCCAAAAAUAGCUAAAUAUCCUAAGCUCAGCUACAAGCACCUCACUACACAGAACGGUGCAGAUGCCAGCCAGGUGGUCUCCACUUUUGUACUCGGAGAUGCUAGUGAUACAGGCAGGAAGACAUGUUCUAACCACCAGGAAUGCAACAUCACCUUAGACGAUAUUAUUAAGCAAGUCGAGGAGUUGCGAAAUGGUCUGGACCAUCAUUUAGUGAGCCAACAGAUGGAAAAGGGUAAGCUUAACAACAAACCAGCUAAGUUAAAUCUUAACCCGAACUUCCAGUUGACCAAACUUACUAAAGUUUCGAGCCCUGGACCGUCUUCGUUGCCCUGUUCGCCCGUUCCAAAUAGGUCACCUGUAAGACUUAGACCGGAUAUACCUUCGUACUUAACCCUUUGUAGGAAGGGCAAAGAUACAUUAGGAAACGAAAGCACAAAAGGAGAGGAUCCGGAAUUGUUAAAAAUUCGUGACAUCUUGUCCGGUUUGGAUUUGAACAAAUACAAAAGGAGAAAAACCCCCGAAGGUUAUGACACGAAGUGUGAUAAACCUGCCCCGUUCUGCAGAAGCAUUUCUAACGUGUAUCCACUUAACAAUAGUGAGAAUGUCGACAGGGUAUGUAAUAAGAGAUUAAGAGAGUUGACUGAAUUGUUAAAGCCCAGUACUAUAAAGAUUACCGAGGAGAAAUCUAAGGUGAAUAAUGGAAACGAUUCUUUAUCUGAAGAUGUACAAAGUGAUACCAAGUCGGGCAUGUUGAUAAUUAAUACUUGUACUUUACCGAAGAAAAAGGUUUUACCUUUAACUCUUCCUACUCUCCCCCCUAAAACUCAUAACAGUGAAACGUUGAAAGCUCUAAGUUUGGCUACACCACUGAAAGAAGUUAAUAAAGAGAUGGUACAAAACAAAAUUGAAGUGAGAACCUUUCCUAGGGCCACAUCUAAGAUCAGUAAGACUACCCUAUUCCAAAAUCGAAUCAAUGAAGAAGUGUGUGAAAGCCAAAAAGAAAAAGAUACAAGUAAACGACAAGUAGCUAUCAAGCCUCUUAAUUUUUCAUUCCCUUCUAAAAUUGGUGAUGCUUCCAAAACUCUACCGAACAAAGAUCGAAUCGUCGAGCCUUUCCACAAUAAAGUUACUUCACAUAAAAGUGAUCCAGACUUGAUAGAUAAUAGAGAAAAGUCUUCGAAAUCUUCAGAAUUGUCACUUCCUAGCAAUUCUUCGACUCUUCCUAGUAAUUUCAAACAAAAAGCGACAUUCAACGAAGAUGUUAAUCCUCAACAGAAACGAUACUACAAGAAAAAAUUAAGAGGACCUUAUGGAGAAAUGCUAGAAGAAGAGAUGAGGAAAUAUGAGGGAAAACCAAAACAUAAUUACAACCAAGAAUUUCAGAUGUUGAUGGAUUUUUGUGAGAAGAAAACAACAAACGAAACUCAAUUAUCGUUAUAUUGCAGCAGUAAUUCAUUAGGUGAUCCGAGGUUCAAUCACGAAAAAAUCAAAAGCAGUACAUCAGCUCCCAUAGAAGAUAAAAACAACGAUUUACUUUUAUUAUCAGAAAUGGUCACAACCACAUCGGAGCCCAAUUUGACCCAUCACAAUUCGAGUUUUGUAUACGUGGAAGAAGCAAAGAGGAAAAUUUCAGACGAGGAUACCAGGACACACGUGGUGAGGGAACUUCAUUGCACGGAGGAGUCUUACGUAGAAUCUCUAGAAAUAUUGGUCAAUAAAUACAUGAAACCUCUUAAAUGUGCGGAGUACUUGGAUUCAACUCUAGUCGAUGAGGUAUUUUAUCAAGUUCCAGGAAUACUCGAACAUCACAGGAAAUUCUUAAAUGAUUUAGAAGAACGAGUUGAAAAAUGGGAUUGCAAACAAACCAUAGGUGACAUUUUUAUACAAACGUUUUCACAGAAUGAAGUCAUUGACACGUACACAUCUUUCAUUAAUAAUUGGAAAUCCGCCAAAGAUCGAAUCAAAGCGGAAAUACAUAAGAAACCCGCUUUUUCGCGGUUUCUUGAGCACAUGUCUAGGGAACAUAAAGGUAAAUUAACAUUGGAUGCAUUGCUCAUUAUGCCAGUGCAGAGGAUACCUCGUUAUGAACUCCUAAUUAAAGAACUGUUAAAACACACGUCGCUAGAUCACUCCGACCAUCACUUAUUAGCAUUGGCACAGAAAGAAGUCCAUGAUCUAGCCGUGAAAAUAAAUCAGGUCGAGCAUGAAACGGUACUGCACGAACAGAUGAUACAGAGAUUAAGAGAAAUUGAAAAUUUAAUUGAUGGUGCUAUAGACAUAGUUCAGUCCAACAGAAUAUUUAUUUCUUAUGAUUUAGUGUCUAUUCCAAUAGGAUUUGGUAUUAAAAAAGACAGAGGACUGUUUUUAUUUUCUGAUCUUUUACUGAUAACCUCUAUUAAAAGGAAGAGUGGAACUGUACGCAAAUCAAGUCCUGUAAAUAAUCCUUUGCCAUUUGGUUUACUUGAAACAAAUAAAUACAAAUUAUUGAUGAAAUUUUCUAUUGAUCAACUAGAUGUAUCUAAAAACAUUGCAAUUGAUGGAUUAGAAAAGAAAGUAAUGGCAGAUGUGGAUCACUUAGAAGACGAUUUGGCUAUUUUAGGACAAAUAAGUGAUUUAGUAUCGAAUUUGAAAAGUAAUCAUCAGAUACUAGAUGAAGCUCUACGCGAUCUUCAAAAUUCUGUUAGUAAACAUCUGGUAGAAAGACAGACUGGAGAUGUUCAACUUUUAACAAUAGAAUUAAAUGUGACAACACAUGAAGGUAUCGAGAAGAUUACAUUAAUUUUUCCGACCUGUGAGAAGAGGAUAACUUGGGAAAAUGCCUUUGUUGAAACUAAGCAAAAAUAUGAGUCUUUGGCUAAUAGAAAUCAUCCACCCGAAUUCAUGUGUUCCAUUCCUGUACGUAAAACAAGAGCUGGAUUACAAUUUACGUGCGCCACACCUACUCUCAGUUUAAAUCAGUAUGGAUAUCAAGACGUAUGGGUGUGUAACAGUGAUGGUUACGUUGGCCAAGUUUGUAUUCUCAGUCUUCAACCAGAACCGACAGUUACGUCCUGUAAUGGUAUUUGCAAUUCUCGGAUACUCUGUGCAACAUCAGUUCCAGCUUACGAAAACAUACAGAUACCCAAUGUAAAUUCCAAAAUGAUGACAAAUAAAAGCAAUAAUAAUCAUAAUUUUAAGAGGGAUUCAUGGAGAAGGAUGAAUGGAAAUAUUCAAUUAGAGAGUGAUUCUAGUGAAGAUGAUGAUGAAAAAACAGAUAUCGGAGGUAAAGAUUUAUCCUAUUAUGUACAGAUACCCAAUGUAAAUUCCAAAAUGAUGACAAAUAAAAGCAAUAAUAAUCAUAAUUUUAAGAGGGAUUCAUGGAGAAGGAUGAAUGGAAAUAUUCAAUUAGAGAGUGAUUCUAGUGAAGAUGAUGAUGAAAAAACAGAUAUCGGAGAUGCAUCGACUGAUGAGACAGAAAACGUCGAAACUGUUUCAAAUCAAGAAUACUACAAAGAGAAAGAAAACGAACAACCAACAAUGUGGUUGGGUACUGAAGAUGGUUGUAUUCUUGUUUAUAGCUGUAAUGAAAAUAUCAGAAUAAAGAAAAAUAAAACCAAAAUUCAGCAUUCUUCUCCUAUAUUUUGCCUGGUGUACUUUGACAACCAGAUAUUUGUAUCACUUGCAAAUGGAGAGCUAGCUAUAUACACAAGGAAAGAUAGUGGAAUUUGGAAUUUCGAUCAAACUCUAAAGAUCCAAAUAGGAAACGGUUCGUCUUCUGUUACUUAUAUGCUUGGCGUGAAUGGAAAAUUGUGGUGUGGCUGUCAGAAUUUUAUCAAAGUCCUCAACACUGACACGCAUAAAGUUGAAUAUUCCAUCCAAGUUGGACAAGAUUCUACAAAAUCCGUAAUAUCUAUGGUCUUGUCUGGAUUAGGAGUAUGGAUUGCACUUCAGUGCAGUCCUGUUAUUUUUCUUUAUCAUGCUACAACUUACGAAUAUCUAACAGAUAUUAGUGUGGUUCCCGCAGUUUCGAAAAUGCUCGCUUGUUGUGAUGAUAUAAUACAACAACAUAAAUCUGCCUGUUUACGCAUUACUUCAUUGCUAGCUUGUAAGGAUUUACUGUGGAUAGGAACCAGUGCAGGAGUUGUACUUACGAUGCCUUUAUCUAAUGUCACGUCUGUAUUUAAUUGCUUAGACAACAUAAAUAUUUCUGGGAUAUCUCAAGGACACACGGGUCACGUGAGAUUCUUAACGUGUGUAGAUAUGGAACAAUUUUGCGAUACUCAUAGACUGUCGUAUUCGGAUAAUCCCGACGAAAUAAUCAAAAACAAUAAAUUAUUAGUUAUAAGCGGCGGAGACGGUUACGAAGAUUUCCAAAGUGGUUUUAGUGAAGCUUUAGGUCACGACGAUAGCACAAAUCAUCUCUUGCUAUGGCACGUAUGACUUUACAGAUUAAUAGUUUUUAAAAUUCAUCUUAUCAUUUUUUAAAACAUGAAUUUUAUUAUUCAUUGAUCUCAGUUUUUAAGCAGUGUAACAUUUAAAAUUAUUCUGUGUCGUUCCCUUCUCGCGAUUCUGAGGUUUCUAUUCGAAAGCCUUAAUUUUAUAUUUGGACUUUAAAAUUUUAUUAGCAAAUUUUCUAAAGAAAUCCAAGAAUUUUAAAUUGCGUAAACACUAAAAUACCUUUCACUUAUUAUCUUACUAUCAUCUCAAAAUUCGAUUAACGUUUUUAAUUUUAUUGUUUUAUCCAAAUCCUACAGUUAUUCACUCAUCCGAAACUAAAUCUCAAAUCAAAUAAUUAAAAAUUUAAAUUUGAGAUUAAUUCAAUCAAUCUAAUUAAGUCACUUUUAGCUUAUUUUUAAUUACAAACAAAGAAAAGCAACGCAAAAUUAAUUAAUUAGAAAAAAACAACUCCUCUUUCAACACUAAUUUUCUCAAGUUGUAUGCUAAUACAAUGAGAAAAGAAGUUAAUUAUUUUAUUAUUGAAGAUUUUAAAUUGUUAAAAAAAUAAUAAUAAUUUAUUUUUAACAUUAUUUAUAAGCACGAAAUGUAAGCUUUACUACCUUAUUUACACUUAAUAAAAUAAAAAAGAAAGUGGAAAUUAUCAUCCUUAAUGCCUCUGUGAGGUAAAAUCGUCCCAAAAUUUUAAUUAUUUACAAUUAUUAUUAAUACGAAUGGACCAGUUUUUAUAAAUAUUAUGAUUUUCUUUCAUGUCUACGAGUCAAAGUCUUUAUACAAAUUGUAUACAUGCGAUUGAAUGUUUAAUAAUAGCAAAUAAUAUAAAUUAUAAAGUUUAUGUUAAUGUUACUUCUGUUAUGUGCAAUAUAUUAUAAAGUUAUUCAACAAAAAAAUGAGCUUAAAUUAUGUAUAACCAGGUUUUAUAUGUAAAAAC